CUUAUUCAAGUCCCAUUUCCCCCCUCUCCCCGCAUUUCACCCUUCUCCACAGUCAUGACGAUCCUCAGUAAACAGCCCUUCAAGGGCAUCUACGUGCUCUUCGCAAUGGGAGCCACUCUAGCCCAAAUGCCCAUCUGGAUUCUAAAGUACAUCUUCCAACGCGGCCGCCAACAUCCCACCUGGACCUUCAAACAAGCCUUUGGCGGGCGCCUCCUAAACGCAGUCCUCCACCACAGCACCGUCAUCCAAAUGGACGGCGCGCUGACCCUGAACCCCGGCAAAGAGAAAGACAGAUUCAUCACCAUCGCCCCCGCUCAAGCGUCCUACUACGCUGGCCCCCUCGCCUCUAACGACGCCGUCAAGCCCGCAACCAUCGGCGCAACAUGGUACCCAACGCCCCCCUCCCAAACCGCCGACUUCAGCACCGCAAUCAUCGUCCUGCACAUGCACGGCGGCGCCUUCGUCAUCGGCGACGGCCGCACCGAAGCAAGCGGCUUCGCCGCAAACCUCCUCCUCCAGCACACCGGCGCCACCCACAUCCUCAAGCCGCAGUACCGCCUCUCGACGCUCCCGGCCUCGGCGACCUCGAACCCCUUCCCCGCCGCGCUGCAGGACGUCGUCACCGCCUACCUGCACCUCGUGCACGCGCUGCGUGUCCCAGCCGCGAACAUCAUCGUCUCGGGCGACUCGGCGGGCGGCAACCUCGCCAUCGCGCUGACGCGGUACCUCGCUGAGCACGGCGCGCAGCUCAGCAUCCCGAACCCGGCCGCGUGCUGGCUCUUCUCGCCAUGGAUCAGCCCGCUGCGCUCCGACGAGGCGUCGGUCGUCGCGAACGCGCAUUUCCACGUCGACUACCUCCCCGUCUCGUUCGUGAAUUGGGGCAUUGCGGCGUAUAGUGGGCUCGGGGGGCUCGCGCUGCUCUCGGACCCGUACAUUGAUGCGCUGAGGGCGCCGUUCGCGACGCCGGUGCCGGUGUGGGUGAAUGCGGGCGAGGUGGAGGUGCUGUAUUUUGAUAUCAAGAGGUUUGCGGAUGAGAUGGGGGCUGUGGCGGGGAAUAGGGUCGUGCUGGAUAUCGAGGAGGCGGCGCCGCAUGAUUGUUUUCUGGUGGGGAAGCUUAAUGGGUUUGAGGGGGCGGGGGAGAGGACGGCGAGGCGGGCGGGGGUGUGGUGGGAGGGGGUUAGGAAGGGGGGGAGUGGUUAG